UCUCUCUCUCUCUCUCUCUCUCUCUCUCUCUCUCUCUCUCUCGCAGGCAGUAGGUUUUUUAUUACUUCCUAUGGAGCUCUGUACAUAUCAGAAGUCCAGAAGGAGGAUGCGCUGUCCACAUACCGCUGCAUCACCAAACACGCGUACAGUGGAGAGACGCGGCAGAGCAAUGGAGCACGGCUCUCAGUGCUGGACCCCACAGAAUCCACCCCUGCUAUCCUGGACAGUUUCCAGUCUCGUGAGAUCGGAGCGGGGCACAGCGUGGAGCUGGCCUGCAUUGCCUCGGGUUACCCCAACCCUGCAAUCCGCUGGCUCAAGGACGGGCGCCCCCUGCCUGCCGACAGCCGGCGCACCAAGAGACUGACCGGGCUGACCAUCAGCGACCUGCGGCUGGAGGACAGCGGACACUACAUCUGUGAGGUCACCAACACCUUCGGAUCAGCCGAGGUCACAGGGCACCUCAGUGUGAUCGACCCUCUGCGGGUGACCCUGACCCCUAAGAAGUUGAAGACAGGGAUCGGCAGCACAGUGAUCCUGUCGUGCGCUGUGCAGGGGUCCCCCGAGUUCACGAUCCGUUGGUACCGCAACACAGAGCUGGUGACCCCCGAUGACUACAUCUCCAUCCGAGGCAUCAACAACGAGACCCUGCUCAUCACCGCGGCUCAGAAGAGCCACUCCGGUGCUUACCAGUGCUUCGCUACCCGCAAGAUCCAGACUGCACAGGACUUCUCUGUGAUACUGCUGGAGG